AGCACCGGGUUGAACCACAGCCCUCCAACCUCACAAGCCCACUGUGCAACCCAAACAAAAGGCUGCUACUGCUAAACAGCGCAGUACUCUACACGACUAUGAAAACCUUAGCCGCAGUUGACAUUUAGGGCUGCCUGUCCCCUAUUACGAAUGCACCUGGCCUGCGCUCAUAAUGCGCUGAGGACACUGUUGCGCGUGGGUCAUCGGUUGUUUUCAUGCAAAGCCGCGCGUCCUGUUUAGGGAGGGCAAAAGGUGGACUCUUGAGAUGCUGCAUCUCUGCUAGCCCUGCAAGAGUUUCUCAUGGCAGUCGAAGCCACAGCAUACCUCACGCAGGAAGUGUCCCCUUCACAGAAAAAAAGAGCAGCAGCUAUUUCUCGGAGCUCCACUAGUCACUGCUAUACAGUCACGGGUGUCACUCUUAACUGUUUCUUGCUAUUGUCUUUCUAUCGACAGUGUACGCAACAUUUUGAUACAGGGACAUGCCGAUCUCACAGAGAUGCUUGGAGUUGUACUAACAGCAUGAUUUUGGAUAACAAGAUAACGACCAUGAGCCGUAAAAUAAUCUGUUAAGCAAGCUAUGUACUCCUGUUCAACAGAUGAUUAGCGCUCCUUUAAAACCACACAGAGAACGCUGAUAUGACUGGUAAUUCAACAGUGUCAACUCCAGGCUCACCGGUCCCAGACCUGGACAACAAACACUACGUCCUUAUUGCCAUUUCAGGCUUCACCAUCCUCAUCAUCAUAGUGCUGGGAGUGAUUUGGAUAAAGAAGUAUCGGACCUUAACGAUGACCAUUCAGGACUUACGUCGGGGCCGUCCUUUGAUGAGUGUUCUCCAAGCGGCAGAUUCCCCACCCCAUCUCACCACCAUGCCUCAGCUCCUGCCCCUGCCCAGCUCGACAGAGCCCGACAACCCAGAGGCUCCACUGCAGAGGGGGAAAACAUGGCGAAACUCCAGGCUCCCAUGGAGGCCCCUACCACAAGUUCCCAAUGUUAAAAAGAGCGACCUGAACCUGCUUCAGCUCAUCAAGGCUGGUAAAGAGGGCGUCUUCUAUAAAGCUAAAAUGACCCGUGGCACGUGCAAAGGCCACUCAGCAAUCACCUGCAAAAUCUCCAAAGAAGGUGUCACUCCAAAGCAGGUUGAAAUGGAGGCGUCCAUCAUGAGAAAGCUGCUGUACCACAAAAAUGUCCUGCAGCUGCUAGACUGGAACAGCGUGGAGGAACCCUAUGUGCUAAUCAUGGAGUUUGUGAGCUAUGGGACGAUGCGUAAUUUCCUUCAGACGCAACGAGACAGGCUGGUCUCAGACCCUGAGCUGCAAAGCCUCUUCACCAUCGCUUCUUACCACAUAGCACUCGCUAUGGAGCACAUACGCUCCAAAAUGAUUGUGCACUGUGACCUUGCCUUACGGAAUAUAAUGGUGAGUCGUUUCCCGUGGGAAGUGAAGGUGGCCGAGUUUGGACUGGCGAGGGACUUGACACGAAUGAGGAGCCGACGCAGCACCCACAAGAAACAGCGAAAGGUGUUGAAACAGGAGCGAGUGCCUUUGCGCUGGUACCCACCAGAGUAUUUCAGGAACAGCUACUACAGCUUCAAAGGAGAUGUCUGGGCAUUUGGCAUUGUGCUUUGGGAGAUGCAGACAUUUGGAACCCUGCCGUAUCCUAAUCUGGAGACGUCUGAGGAGGUGGUGUAUCAGAUCUGUGCUGGACACAGAAACAACGGGCCAGACAGCUGUAGAGAAGAGAUACAACAAAUAAUGAAAGACUGUUGGCGGGAACCUUACACGUCAAGGCCCUCCUUCACUGAUAUUGUUAGAAUCCUAGAGAAUGUGCUGGAAAACGAUUCGGACUACGUGGAUGUUGGUUCAGCUAUGGGUUCAGCGAUAGAGGCCUGACUCCUGUGUUUGUCUGACAAUGUGUGGGCCUCAUCUGUCAGGGCAAACGUUUUGUUGUUGUUAAUAUUAUUGGUGCUGGGGAAAUGAACUCUUUUGGGCUCAUUGUUUAGAACUGCUGACAGAAAAGAAUUUUCAUGUAGAGUGUUUUUCACACUUGAUGUAUUAAAGAAAUAAUAGUUGCCAUUUUGAAAU